AUGGCCAACACCACACCGUCUGCUGGGCGGAGACGAAGCCAUAGGGCGUGUGAGAUAUGUUACCGAAAGAAAACCAGCUGCAAGUUCGAGGGGUCUGCUUCGAUCUGCGACCAGUGUGCCCGGCGGAGGACGAAUGGUGUACUGCCGGCGAGUCCGGGGCCGACUGAGCGGGUUCAAAGGAUCGCUGGCAGCGAUCAAUAUGUGGCCUCGUUGAAGGAUCGCCUGUCAAGGAUCGAAUCCUUGCUGAAAGCAGCUGGCAUCUUGCAUGAGAGUGACACCAUGCCGGAGGACCUCUCGGAAAAUGACGAUGAUCUCCCAGAUGAGGCCUCGGAUUUAUCCCACAAGCGUACUCAAUCUUCAAGUCAAUCAUCACAUGUGUCCUUUACAUCGCGUGCGUCGUCUGGAGAAGUGGACUACUUCCCCAGCGUGGGAGACGUCGAGGCCACUCCCAUCUUCAAGAUCCACGAACGGGACGAUUCCCGAUAUUUCGGACGCUCCUGCUCCCUGUCAAUAUUGUCACGGGGUGGCAUCGAAUGGAUCAAGAGCAAAACGGGCGAUGUCAGCUUCUUGAGCCUCUUAUCCACCGAUUCCGUCCAUGACAAUCCAUGGGCUCACUGGCGCCCUGAUGUGUUCCACGACCUGUUCGCCUCGCAGGUCUUCAAGCCCCUGCCGCCAAGGUCAGAGGUAUUCUCCCUUAUAAACGACUUUUUCAGCACAGCGAACCGUCUAUUCCCGAUUUACCAUGAAGGAACUUUCAUGAGGAUGGUGGAGUGGCAAUACACGCAACAGACUUGCGAUGAUGCCGCUCGAUGGGCGAGUAUCAAUAUGGUGAUAUGUCUGGCUUACGAGUUUCGAUUCUCGAAUAGCCUGAAGCCGGAGAAGGAUCGGGAAAGGGCCCGUAUGUACUUCAAGAAUGCCAUGUCGGUCUUUACGGAGCUGGCCUUACGACGCACGGAUCUUUUGAGUGUACAGGCUUUGUUGAGCAUGGGGUUUUUCCUUCGUGGAAAUUCUGGGACACAGUCAGCAUUGCCGUUCAUUACGGCAGCUAUGCGGUCAUGCCAGCGAAUGGGACUUCACCGAGAUGUUCCAAGACCAGAUCUGAACGCCACUGAGCAGGAGCAGAGGCGGCGUGUGUUCUGGGUCGCCUUCACCGUGGACCAGAGUACAUGCUUGCGUGCCGGAAACGCCCCCUCUCAACACCCCGAGGACUUCGAUGUGCCCCUGCCUCAGGAGCUUGAAGAAGACCGCGGCCUCAAUUCCUCAACUAAUAUCCCCUUCUUCCGCCAACUCUGUCGCAUGUCUGUCAUCAAGACCCGCAUCUUCUGCCAGCUGUACUCCGCCAAAGCACUGCUCAAACCACCUCGCGACAUCUACCAAUCAGUCAAAGAGCUAGAUGCCGAACUCAGGGAGUGGAGGAAAGACUAUUGCUUGGACGAGAAUCCCAGACAAAAAGUUGCUGAAGCAAACUUCUUGUCGGGAUUUGCCUCCAUUGGCCUCCAUUUUGUCUACUAUAAUGCCCUGAUCAUGGUUCACCGAAUACCCCUCCUUCUGAACUAUCUAAUAAACGAACGGAAGGAGCCGAAGGAGCUGAAGGCGCUGAGCAAGGCGUAUGCAGCAAAAUCCAGUGUCAUUUGCGUGACGGCUGCGCGUGAUACACUCAAGAUGGUGAACAAUAUGCCGUGGGGUGAUAUUGCAUGGGUUUGGUCCUUGCUCUAUUACGUCUUCCUAGCCGCAGCAACAAUCUUCUCACACAUUAUCCGCGACAUGCAAUCCUCAACCUUUAGGGAUGACCUCCAGUCCCUCAACAUGGCCUCGACGUUCUUCGCGACCCUCGCUCCAAGUGACGGGCCAGCCAGUUACGCCGGCUUCAUGACCCGCAUGACUGCCAACCUCGAACGCAUUGCCAGAUUAGCAAUCGAAAAGGAGGAGAAACGGACUCGAAGCACAGAUGACCCGGAGCAACAAAACCAGCAGCCGGGUACAAAGCGGCAUGGUCAUCAAUUCUCAAGAUCGCACGCAAAGGCCCGAGAUCAACCUUCAACGCUCCGGGCAUCAAUGGCCACCAACCCCACGGGCACCCAGCACAGUUCAGUAUCCACAGCCCCAAGUACAUCCAACACCGAUACCACGACACAUCCGCACAUGCCCGCGCUGAGUACCCCUAAAGCCAUCGGAGGCUUCCCAACUGUCAACUCUGACGGCUACGUCGUGCCCAUAAGCCCCAGCGCCACAGCCUCCUUUCCCUCAACUAUGCCUCUCCAACCGGCCAUACCCAACGCAAGCUACCCGGCCGGUCUGGGACUAAGCAACCUUAAUGGAGUAACAACCUCUAACUUCUCAACCGGCGCACUGUCCUCCUGGCAACUCGGGCAAGAUGCCACAGCGAACCACGCCAACGAAUCUUCCCCCCUCGACAACACCCAGUCUCCCUUCUCAAACAACAGCACCACGCCAGGCGCAAACAUGUUCCCUGCGUCCUGGCAAGUGCCGCUAACGGCGGACUGGCAAUUCGGCGACAAUCUCUGGUCCGGCCUAUUCCCUAACGAAAGCAUCACUGCCUCCUCCGCUCAGUCUCAGAAUAUCCAAUUCCCCAUCCUGUCGGCAGAUUCGUUCCUGAACGUUCCUGUGGACGCAGAGCAGGACCCGAGUUCUGGUUUCACGGGCACCGAUAUGGGGUACAAUAACUAUGCCCCGCCCAGGACAGCGCAGGAGCAAGGUCAGGACACGGCGGAGGCGAUUUGGCCGAAUGGAUUCCUGGGGCUCUUCUAG